ACCUAAAGUCACAAUUCCUGUAGUUUUAGGUUACAUUAGUCAUGUUGUGCCUUGUGUAGAUCCAUGUAACAACCCUGUAUAUAGCCCAGUUCCCCAGCAUUUUCAUGUUUUGCUCCGUAAUUAACAUGAUAGGCAUGUCUUUAUUUAUUAUUUAGCUUGAGAUAUACUAUUCCAUUAUUAUUGCAUUAUUACUUUGAUGAUGCCCAUGGAAGCCAUGUGUGCAAAGUAAAUCUAUUAGAAGCCGUAAUGUCCUUAUUUUUGUUCUAAUUGAUUUGCAAAAGAAAUCAUGCCAAUGUAAUGUAACACUUAAAUUGUACCAUAAGCAAAUAGGAAAACAACAUAUAUCCAUGUCAUUCCAUAAGUUUUAAUUUUGGCACAAAUAUGUUAAAUUAACUUUAUAAAGUGAGAUCUCUCUUUUAACCCUCAACACUCUCUUUACUUGAUUGACACUGAAACACCAAGAAUAAAGGAUGAGGUUGGUCUGUAUCUUUAAUAGUAGUAGAAUAAAUAGGGUUAUUAAAUAACCACAUGACCCACAAUGAGAAUAUGAUUUUCUUUUUUCUUCAAUAAAAAGUCACAAAACAGGCCUACAUGCAGAGACUGGCAUUAACUAAAAAUGCAAAUACAAAAAAAUCUAAUUGCCUCAAUAAUAUCAACAAACCAGCAUAUUUUAUCAAUUUCCUGACACCAAAUUUCUGCCAUCAUUUCACUAAAGAUAAUGUUUUAGGCCUACUAACAUGACUGCCCUACCAGCCGUAAUAGCCAUUAUUCAGUGUAAUGUUCAGAUGAGUUUUAAUAAUAAUAAAAAAUAUUAUGCAUAAGAUAAUAAUGAAUAACAGGUCAGGUAAUUAUUUAAUAGCCUUACACUUGUGACCCAUAUUCUGUAUAAUUCUCCCUCUUCUCCGGGGAAAUGUUCCUGUGAUUUAAUCUGCUCUGUAGUCUGUGCUGCUGCUGUGGGAUUAGCGCAGUGCAAGACCGUGCAGCGCCCACUGGGUCCAUAUCGUCCAGCUGUCGUUUUUGGGAGGGCCUUUGAUUUGCGUGUGAUGAGUUUCCCAUAGCAUCUGGAGAUCAAUUAUCCAUUCGUGUGAGCCAGUGGUUGAGAAGAGAGAUCAUAGCUGACUCUGUGCGUGUGUUUGUGUGUAAACCAUUCAGCGAAAGGCAAUAGGCCUACUGAUUUAUUUUAGGAGAUUGAGGUAAUUUUGCAGCAUUUCAAAGGUUUAGAGGUGUGAAAUAGACGAUUUAAUUAGGCCUGACUUUAUAGCGAAAAAUGACAUAAGCAAUGGUAGGCUAUAUCUGCAGUGAGUCUAUACUGAUGUAACCCAUACAUAUGGUUUUAAUGUUAUUUUGUCAUAUCAUUGUCUCUGUAGCCUAUGAUUCUAGGUGUCUAUCAUUCUCAGCAUUUCGCCCCUCUUCCUGCAGCCUGCAGCCUUGGAGACAAUCAUUUUGUUCCCUCCUUUCUUUUUGUAGCCUAAAUCCCCUCCUCGUUUAUCCAUAUAGUCCUGAGGAAAAUGCAGAUAUGUAUUCGAGAGGGCGUAUAAUGCAUCCAUGAUCCACAGGAAUCCUGAAUCCCUGAUGCUGAUUGGCUGCUGGCUCCUGCCUCUUGUUGGGAUGGACCUGUUGGAUAAAAGGACCAUUUUCUGAAGGACUCUUGUGUGUGAUACACAGGAUCAUGCACAGGGGACCGUCCUGUAAGACGGCAUAAUUACUAAUAGGCCUUUCAAGUAGCAUCCGAAGACAACAUGACGGGGAAACAAGGCGCUGUGCUGACGGAAAGUUUAAAUAUAUCGGAGAAAACCUCUCUGGGUGCAAAUGGAGGAAGUAACAGCCACCAGCCGAAGAGCAGCGCGACCCAUCCGCCGCCCAGGUGCACCGGCUUUGGCAUCCAGGAGAUACUGGGGCUGAAUAAGGAGCCGUCCGCGGCCCCGAAGAACCCGCUAAACUCGCUACCGCCCGGGGCGCACCUGAUCACCGCCAGGUCCUUUCUGGGUCCCGCCGGCGUGGGUAUGGGUGUCGGGAUGGGAUUAAUCGGCCCUGGUGGAAUUCCGUCGUUUUACAGACAACCAGCGUUUUUGGAGACUGUGCUGUCGGACGCACAAGACGUUCACCUGCAGCCCCACAGCAGGUCCGUAGGACCGCUGGACACCAGCCAGUCUGCCAGCUCAGACUCGGAUGAUUUAUCUUCAAAUGAACGAAAACUCUCGAAGUCAACAGUAAGUCAGAGCAAGAAACGCAAGAAAAGACGCCACCGAACCAUAUUCACCUCAUAUCAGUUGGAGGAGCUGGAAAAGGCCUUUAAUGAAGCGCACUACCCGGAUGUUUAUGCCCGAGAGAUGUUGGCCAUGAAAACAGAGCUACCUGAAGACAGGAUACAGGUAUGGUUUCAGAACCGCAGAGCCAAGUGGAGAAAGAGGGAGAAGUGCUGGGGCCGCAGCACUGUGAUGGCUGAGUAUGGGCUGUAUGGAGCCAUGGUGAGGCAUUCCAUCCCCCUGCCAGAGUCCAUCCUCAAGUCGGCCAAGGAUGGCAUCAUGGAGUCCUGCGCCCCCUGGCUGCUCGUCCAAGAUGGCUUACCAAUCAACAGACGCUAUUCUAAAUCUGAAUACCCGCAACUCUUUGCAGGGAUGCACAAAAAGUCCACGGAGGCUGCGGUCCCCCCGGCGACAGGACAGUGCGAUGCGCCCCAGCAGCCGAGCUCUCAGAGGGUGGAAGAAGCUGAAGCAGAGGAAAAGAGGUCAGAGGGAAAGUCCACCAUUUCUAAAGAGGAACUGCGAGAGAACAGCAUUGCUGCACUCAGGGCCAAGGCACAGGAGCACAGUGCCAAAGUGCUGGGGACGGUUUCUCAUGACAGACUGCUGGAGGGCAAACUGGAGAGACAGGCGGCCGAGGAGAAAGCUGGUGAUCCCCUGAGUCCAGCAGAGGAGGAGAAAAGUCCGUAGAGACUAUCACAUUCCUGUGGACUGCUAUUCUCAUGAGUGAAUGCAGUGGGCUGGCUGUACUUAUGCAAUAGAACUCACUGUCCAGCAGGUUUCCCUCCCACAUUGACUUCUCUUAGACCGGCCUGUAUCUGGACUUCUUCAAGAAGAAAACUCAUCUGGCCGUCACCGGUUCACUGCUACACAGAAGAUGCAAAAUGCACUUUGUCUGAUUUACUUCCAAACCCACAGUUGUUGUUGCGUUUGCAUAGUAGGGAAGAUUUGACUGAGAGUAAAGUGUUAAUAUUGGUGUAUAUAGACCCUGCAGUUAUAUAUAGAGCCAGAUGAUUCAAAUUGUAUCCAAUAUAACAGUUAGAUCAUAUUUAUUAGGACUACCAAUGACCAAUAAACGGUCAAGUACAUUUAAUUCUUGGCAUUCAUUUGUAUGUUGCUUGUACAGUUAUGGUGACAUUUGAAAUAAGAACCAUCCCACCGACAGAAAGUAAUUGUUGUCCUAUAUCGCACUGUAUAUACUUGAUAUAUUAAUCUCUCUCACUAA